AUUUCGUAUAGAGCACUCAAAAUACAAAUAUUUUUGUUUGAGAUUUUAAGGGCCCACACAGUAAGAGGCUAGGACCACAUACGUCAAUACCACAAAAAUCUUAAAAAAAUUAAUUCAAACGGCAGUAAAACAGUAAAAACACAUGCAUACCAAUUAGAAAAUUGUGAAAAAAUCGUUUAUCAAAAUUUUACCAUCAGACAUAUGUAUUUACUCAGUCAUUAAAAUUGAUGCGCAAGCAACUCCAAUAGCCAUCAAACGGACCAACGGUUUACCAGACCGACUAAACACAGGCUCUGCAACGGAUGUGCAAAGCGGUCCUUUAUCCUUUACCCUCACACUCAAGAUAACCGAAAUGAUGUGGACCCGAACAAGACAAGCCCUGCGCAGCAUUGCUAGAUCGCAAAGCUUGAACGGAAAGCGCACCAGGAUGAAAGAACAGCUGUCUGCCAAGCAGCACGAGCGUAACGAGAAGAAGAAAAAGAAGUUGGCGGCGCUGGCCAAUCUGAUGGAGCUGAACGACCGCGAUCGCUUGCACGAGGCGGAGUUGUCCAAAAAACGGGAUGCAGCUGAAGCUGAGGUGGAGGAGAAGACCCCAACGAAGGUGGAGAACGGUGACGACGGCUUCACCACGGUGGGCAGCAAGCGGAAGGCACGGAACCGCCGCAGUAAUCCCGAACAGGAGGUGGAAUCCGGAGCACCCCAGGUCCCAGCAGCAGAAAGCACAGAGCCGGCUGCAAAGAGGAGUCGCAACCACGAGGCGGGGGGCGAUAGCCUGCCCCAGGAGAUAGGCUCCCUGUCGGAGGACCAGUACAAACAGCUCUCGGCGGAGCUAAGGCGCCGCAAACGCCAGAUCGAGGACGUUCCCGGCCUUCGACUGCGUGAGAUGGGCCAGCGCGCCUCCCUGGAGACGCCCCAAGACGCACGCACGCCCAUCUUUCUAACCGACAUCCAGAACCUGCUAAUGACGGCCCUCAUUGGCCAGAAGAGCCCCUGCCGGCCGGAUCGGUGGUGCAGCGUGGAGAAGUGGCUCAGCCUGUCGCACAGCGUGGUGGUCAUCCUGGAGGGACUGUCCCUCUAUCACUACCUCUCCAACGAGAGCCAGUUUGAGGCCACAAACAGGAUAUUCAGCACCAAGCUGGAGAUGCUUCUUCCACCGCAGGACGAGGGUCAGAUCAUCGACGAGAUAGCCAAGAUUCCACUCACAAAUGUGCAGGCCCGCAAGCUAAUCGAAGAGCACGGCUCUCUGGAGUCAGCUGUGGAGCUGAACAAGGAUCCCACUCUGUUCGUCAAGACCAUUUUUCCCAUCGCGAGUAAGCCACCGGUGGCGAACGACCUGCACGCGGACGACAAGUUCCCGCGCACCAAGCUCCUGCUAUCCGCCCUGCAAAUGGUUGACGAGGGAUAUCCAAUUCCCAUGCAGGGCGACUUGCACAGUCGCUUCCGGGAGUUCAAGUUCACCAAGAAUUCUUAUGAGCCGGUGACCAAUCGCAGUCCCAUGUUCGGAGUGGAUUGUGAGAUGUGUCAGACGGCGGCGGGGUUCAACGAGCUGACCCGAAUUUCCAUUGUCAACGAAGAGUAUAAGACGGUGUACGAGACGCUAGUGUUGCCCGACAACAGAAUCACCAACUAUCUGACCCAGUUCUCGGGCAUCACUGAGGAAAUCAUGAGGAAGGUGACUAAAAAGUUGGAUGAAGUGCAGCAGGAAGUUUCUGACCUGCUGCCCCCGGAUGCCAUCCUGGUAGGGCAGUCGUUGAACUCGGAUCUGAACGCCAUGCGUAUGAUGCAUCCGUAUGUGAUCGACACCAGUGUGUGCUUUAACAUCUCCGGCGUGCGACGGCGCAAGAGCAAGCUUAAGCACCUGGCCGCGACCUUCCUGAAAGAGACGAUCCAGGAGAACGACGAAGGCCACGACUCCAUUGAGGAUUCGCGAGCCACGCUGAAGCUGGUCAAGAUGAAGCUGGCCAACAGCAUUGAGUUCGGCGACGAGAUCCUCACGCAGCAAAAGCGAUUGCAAGAGCUGGCGAACGCCUCCAGCGGCGAUACCAUCAGCAAUAACCUAUUUGCCCAUGUGGCCAAGCGGGAUAAGCGGACGGCCAUCGUCACGGUCGGAGAUUUGCAGCCCCGGCUCAAGGAUGUUAUUCUGAAGGCAGGAGAGGCAGUUCCCAAGGAUCACAGCCUGGCGGUUCGCGUUCACGAAGUGUCCACGUCCAAGGAAGCCGUGCGCAAGGUUUCUGAAAUUGCGCUCGAAAAUGCCCUAACCAUUGCAAAUCUUCGCGUGCCGGAGCAGGACUUUGUGUUGGACAGCGCGGAGCGGAAUGUGGCCAAACUGGACAAAACCAUCGACCGGCUGUGGAACUCGGUGGCGCACAACGGACUCUUCCUCGUCCUCAUGGGCGGAUCCAAGGAGUGCACCAAGGGUGUGGCCAAGAUAGCCAUCAAACGGCUGAACGGAUCGGAACAGACAAGUGCUCCCAUUGGCAGUUAGGAACCGAACGAGAACAAGUCUCGUGUUAAUCACCUCGACCCGAUUCCAUCCGCCACUGCGCCUCUGCGCCACUCCAGGAAAAGCCUUACGGCCAGUCGGAUUUCCCAAGCGGAAUCAAAUUUGCCGUAUCAUCCCCAAAACAUGACCAACUAAUGUUUCACCUCACCUCAAAAAUUCACUACAUGCUAAAGUGUACCAAUAAAUUGUCAAAUAAAAAACAAAAAA